AUGCUUCGGUGUUUUUUGGUUUUCUUGAACUUUCUAUUGCUUCAAGGAAUAGACGAAGAUACUUACGAAGUUCGUAAACCAACAAUUUAUGAUAAAGACAACGUUCAUAUGCUUAGUAAAGAGAUAAGAUCACAAUAUUCUAAAAAUCUCAAGAUUUGGACCGUUUAUGAAAAUGCCAAAACAGUGUUUCCUGGAUUGUUUGCAUUAAGCGAAUCAGAAGGUAAAAACCUACCCAAUCUUCUACUUAAUUACAUUUUACCCAAGCUUUCGUGUGCAAAAAAAGUUAGCAAAAGAACUUUGCGAAAGGUUUACGAGCUUAACCGCAUUUUAAAUGAAACGAGUUGUGGGUAUAUUUACGAACCACCUUAUCGCCGACAAAUCCUUGCUGAUGGAAGCGAAACAACGACGACCCUAUGCGUCAAUCCAAAAGAAACGUUGCCAUCAGAUAACAAUGUUAUUUACCUCGCAAAAACGUGUAUUCAAAUAAAUACACUUCAAACAAGAUUUCCACCAAUCAUUAAUGAAGUUGUUUGUGGAGACACUAGAUGUUUUGGAAAAGAAGGUGUUGCAACUCAGUUGAAAAUAUCUAUGAAAUUCCGCAGCGACGAUAAUAAUGUCGGAAUAAAUAGGCUUGCAGAAUGGAGAGAGUAUGACGGAGAAAUAAAAAGCGGUUGCGCUUGUAACAUGAUGGAAAGCAGUCCUCUUGUAAACUUGAUAACGAAAGAUUAAUUUAUUUAUUUUACGAUAAUAAAUUUUUUGUUUUAAACUU